AUGCUGUGGUCAUUGCAAGAGUACUGCUCUUCACAGAAAGAACUCGAUUUCAGUGUUCUCACAGAAUCAAGUGCACAGUUUAUUCAAUCAUUAAGUCUUCCGAGCACACAUCCAUUUUGCAAUGCCGAUGCACCACCUUUCGAAAUGGAAGGAGUCCCACCAAUGGGGCGAUUGGACCACCGAUUUGAAGGUGAAUCUAUGGUGGAAACAGCAAUCACCGGUCUUUAUAUGAUUUUGCCAGCCCUUUUGGCUAUGGCGGAGUUGUGGGUUCGUCUAUUUGCCGGCGGGCUGGGUCCUCUUGGAAUACUGAUGAUGGCAAUGCGCGAAUUUCAGGGGAGAAGUGGGAAACGAAAAAAGGAGGACACCGUAUCGAAGCGAUUUCAAUUUACGUGCGCUCUGUCCGUUGCAUCAUGUUUGGUUUUGAUGACAGAUACUUUGUAUGUUCUGGACAAUGGGCCGUAUUAUGGGGCUGCCAUGUUUGUGGUCUCGGUUAUCUUGGCCAUUCGAGUCGUCUUUCGCUACGACCUCGAUCGCCUGGGAAUUUUCGUGUCCAUCAUGGUGCUGUUGGGCAGCCAUUUGGUUUGCGAUUACGAGACCAAUUCGCUAAACUUUGGAGACAAAGCGGACGGGGUUAGAAUCGAUGAGGGGAUAUACUUUGAUUCCUCCAAUUCAUUCGUUUCCUCGAUUAUUCAGAAUUGGCCUGAGAAGUACCGAACCUACAACAAAGAAAAUGGGGCCACAUCUUGGAUGCCAUCUGGUGACUCUAGGACUGGAUUACCAUUUCUAGCCAAUCAUUUGCCAGUCCCCGAAUGGCAUCGACUUUUUCUAGAAACCGAAGACAACGAAUACGUUGCAUUGGAUGUCAGCUUUCCGGAAAGCGGAUUCAAUAGCUCCAAUCCCAUUUACAUGGUCUUACACGGAUUGAAUGGUGGCAGUGGCGAAGAGUACAUUCGAGAUUUGACAUUUCGACGAACGGCAGAAGGGGCAACAAUUGUAGUCAUGGUUGCAAGAGGGCUGAUGGACUUGCCAAUCAGAGGCUGGAACUUGUUCAAUGGAGCUCGUACAACCGAUGCACAUACAGCAGCGAUGGCGCUCCGAAAAGCAACUUCAGCAGAACAGGUAAUUGUAGGAGUUGGAUACAGCAUGGGGGCAAUCAUUCUAAACAACUACUUUGCAUCCUAUGGUUCGGAGGUUCCCCUUGAUGGCGGUAUUGCCCUUUCCGGCGGUUUGGAUAUGAGGUAUCAAGAACAUUUCUAUCGGGCUCAACGUUUGUGGCAACCAAUGCUUGCCGAGACUGCUCGAGAUGAUUUCUUUCUUGGCAAGUGGGGACACCGAGUCAAAGCUCGUCUUUCUGAGGCCAAUUUCCUCCGUCUCAUGCGGUCCAAGCAUAUUACUGAAUUGGAUAUCGCUGCAGUGGCGCCCUACAGUGGGUAUGAUGACGUUCUACAUUAUUACAAAGAAAUGAGUGCUCUUGGAGACAUUGAGCACAACGCCAACGGGACCAUAUCGCUAGAUGCCUACAAGGGAAAGAAGAUUGACUCUAUAUCAGCACCUCUAGUGGUAUUGCAAGCGCUUGACGACCCGCUAGUGACAUGGAAAAGCACGGCGGCCAAUGAGGGUCUCAUGGAACCGACCAACCUUGUCAAAACUGGAAGCGGCAAUCUCAUGCUGCUCCUUACCAAGGCCGGAGGGCAUGUUGGGUGGCCACUUGGCACCAUUUUCUUUCAGAAUAAAUGGAAAUGGAUGAGUGAUGCUGUCAUGGGCUUUGCCAUUGCUGUCCAAGAGGCAAAGCGUCAGAAUGUGGAGGUAGAUAAAAUAAAAGCCUAA